UUCUAGCUCCAUCUGAGGCUGGGAACUGAAAGAACAUGUGUUCACCAAAGGAAAAAAAUGUAUUGUGCCAUGGGUGUUUUCUAUCUUUUCCUCAAAUUUCUUGCCCCCAGAUGGCUGCUAACUUUAUAUAACUUGCAGCCAAGGAUCCUCCCACAAGGAGCAGGAGCAGAGCCCAGACUGAUCUCAUCCAAAUGGGGCUUGGUUCCAUCUCCAAACUGAUUCCUGCCUACGUUAAACUCAGGACUACAUGUUGCCCUUCUGCCCAGCUAAGAGAAUGGAAAGACUUUCAAGUGACCUCAGCAGGCUGAAAUGAAGAAAUGACUUACUGAGGCUGCAGUACGUGGUCAGCAAUGUGACACCCAAGAGAAGCUCGACUUUGAGGUCCGCAUGCGAGAAGGCAUCUGCAAGCUGCUGGCGGCGAGCACGCAGAAGGAGCAGCUGCUGCGCGCCGUGAAGGACCUGCUGGUCUGCAACGCUCGCAUCCGCGCCUACAGGGCAGAGCUGCAGGCACGGCAGCAGCAGCCCAGGCCCGGCGGGACUGAGGAGCAGUCUUCAGAAAGUGGGACAAAAGACCGGGUGGCAUGCAGAGCAAAGGUUGCUAUAUCAGACAUUCGAAUACCAUUAAUGUGGAAAGGCUCUGACCACUUCAGCAAAAAAGAAAAAUCACAGCGCUACGCAGUGUUUUGUUUGUUCAGAAUGGGAGCUGAGGUUUUUGAUACUGAGGUGACUAUCGUGGAUGAAGCAAUAACAGAUAUCUGCUUUGAAAAUAUAACCAUAUUCGAUGAAGCAAGCCCAGAUUUCCAGGUGAAGGUUGAAGUGUAUAGCUGCUGUACAGAGGAGUCUUUAUGUAUAACAAACACUCCUAAGAAACUGGCAAAGAAACUUAAAACGUCCCUCAGCAAAGCCACAGGGAAGAAACUGAAGGCUGCGCUGGAGGAAGACAGCACUGAACCCCUUUUGCCUGCUGACCCAGUCAUUCACGGGGCGAAGUACAGUCUGCUAGCAUACACCACUUUGGGGCUGGAAAGUGCUGAGGACAAUUUCAGGACCCAUAAUCUUACCAUUACAGGAAAUGAGGAAUCCUCUUUUUGGCUACCCCUGUAUGGAAACAUGUGUUGCCGUUUAGUUGUCCAGCCCUCCUGCAUGGCCAGGGAUAUGAUGGCAGGAUUUCUAAAUCAGCAGCAAAUGGUGGGAGGUCUAACGAGCUGGAGGAGGCUGUACUGCGUACUCAGAGGUGGCAAACUCCUUUGUUAUUACUCACCAGAAGAAAUUGAGGCUAAAAUGGAGCCAGCACUGACAGUUUCCAUCAACAAGGAAACCAGGAUUCGAGCUGUGGAUAAGGACUCCCAGAGAAGAGCUAAUCACUUCUCUGUUAUCAACCCCGUGUCUGGAGAGGCUGUGACGCAACGUUUUGCCACUGACAGUCGGGAUGAACUUCGUGAGUGGAUGGAGGCUUUCUGGCAGCACUUUUAUGAUCUGAGCCAGUGGAAACAUUGUUGUGAGGAACUUAUGAAAAUUGAGAUUAUGUCACCACGGAAACCACCUUUGUUCUUGACAAAGGAAGCGACCUCCGUCUACCAUGAUAUGAGCAUUGAUUCUCCAGUGAAACAUGAGGGCUUAGUUGAUAUCAUACAAAGGAAAAUUGAAGAGAGUGACGGUGAGUUCCUUCUUGGCCAGCAAAAAGAGUCCGCAUCUGCCCUAUGGGCAUCACUCUUUGAUGGAUCUCAUGAGAUGACUGUUCAGAAAAACAUGCAUCUGGACUCAAAAAGAGAUACAAGUCCUAAUGGCAGCAGAGCAAAGAAAAGAAGAGCUCCGCCUCCACCCUCUGAUAAGUCACCAUACAGUGCAAAAGCACAGGUGAGCACAGAGCAGCUGGGCAAGGAAAACUGGAGGAAGCCUGACCACAUGUCUGCCAGUAGCUCUUCCUUUGAGUCAGCGUUAGCUACGAAAAUGCAGCAGCUGCAAACCCCCAUUGCUCCUGCUCGCAAAAUUGGUCCUUGUGGAAAAAGUGGUUUAGCUGGCCUGGGGAAUCCCAUUUCUCUAGUGAGCAAGACCAAGUCUGAAACCAAACCAGUACCAACCCCUAGACAGAAAGGCAUCACAGAAAUGCUAGACCCCAGGUCCUGGUUGCAUCCAUAGGCAUCAUAUUUAGCUUAGAGGAGUCUUUGGAAUUUAAAGUUUCUCAGCCUUCUCCUAAUACUCUUCAUUAAAAGCAGAUUUUAGCAUAUAGCUCAAGUGUUUGCUGUAAGCCAGGGCAUUAAUGCUAGCUGCAGUCUCAGCUGUAUUCAUUAGAGCUCAUCUAAAUAAUUGCACUAGAAUGGGGGGGGUGUCUCUGUCUAGAGUAAUGGUGCUAUUUCUGAAAACGAUACUUGGGUACUAUCCUCCUGAAAAAACCACGGUGUUCAGGGUAAUGUCCUACAGCAGGGAUGUCACCAGUGCCUUCUACCAGUCCCUCAGCUUAGCCCAUCCAAAGCUCCUCAGACUACUUAAGUGGGAAUUCGCACCAUUUCAGCACAGAUCUUGCAAAGCUGAUUGCCUUGGGCUCCAUGCUUGCUGCACCCUCUCUUUCCCUUGCUGUUUAGGAAACACCGCUUAUAUGGUAAUCAAGGAUGAAAAGCUUUUGUGCUGUUCUGAAAGGCUCUGUGACUCCAUACGAAUUUCUGAGGCAGUUCUAUCAAUUGAGCGUGGGAUUUCCGAGUUCCUGCUGGUACAUGUGCUAUUGGAAUGGAGCAGGGUUCUCUGUCUGAGGAUGUGAUCCAUCGCUGCUGUUUAUCUGGGGCUAAGACAAGCCUUUAGAAGCAGUUGCUGGGUAUGUGCACGUGCUCGUCCUAUGGCUGUUUUUCCUGACAAACCUGGCUCUGUAACACAGCUCCUCCUUCGUGGAGCCUCUCAGCUCUUCCUGGUAGGGAGCUGGUUUGUAAACAGGCAGUGUUACUGGUAAGCAAGCAGGCUUUUUUCACCACUUGUUCUUUCUGCAAUAGCAGAGAAUAACCACUCCAGGUGAAGAUACUGAGCUUUGAUAUUCUUUCAUCAGCCUGUUCACCAGUUCUGUAAGAAGUAUGGGUUGUUAGGGCAAAACAUCUACUGCAUAAGGAAAAGCUGUGGUCUCUUGGAUCCAUGUCUUAAAUACCUAACCAUUUCCUUGGUUGAUGCACUUGUCUCAGAUGCUGGAAUUUAUCCAAGGGCAAAGGUCCACUUGCAGUUCUCCCUCUGGAGUCGUGGUGCUCAGACUUGUGUUGAGAGGGUCAUAUCAGCAACUGUAUACAUACAGUUCAUUAUUUAUUAUUUUUUUUCCACAGUGUGGUUGACUCUGGGAGCUCUACCAUUUUCCAGGAAGAUACCGUGGGCGUGGUUGCUUGGUUGGUUGAUUUUAUCUAAUUUUUUGUCUUCAGCUAAGCUCUUGGCUGCACGGUUAUAAAGGUAUCUGCUGAAUUCCCACAGUAGUUCAUUUGAGAUGGGGUUGAGAGGCAGGUUUCAUUUACAAAUCCUUUUGCAGGAUUAGAGCCUUUUGUUCCAGAACGUCCUUGUUCAUUCUUCGUUUAAUCACAUUCCAUUUUCCCACUGAAACAACCAUAAUCAUUCUUACAAUAAAUCAUGCUGUUACUUAAAUGGAUGGUUUGUGAAUGACUUAUAAAUAGGAACAGAAAAACUGAAGAAAAACUAUGUAAAUCAGACAGUCGAGUAAGUGGACUGUACAAUUCUGAACAAGAAAUAGGAAAAAUUAGGGAGGGGUGGGAAGCAUAUUUUCCAAAAUGCAGCUGCAGUUUAUUUAGAUUUAAAUUUAGCCUUAAAUAUUUCUAUGCUCAGAAAGAAAAAAACCACCUUUUCUUCAUAACCCCCUUUCAUUUUGUAGUUAUAUUUAAAAAAAAAAAAAAUCUCAUAAAUAUAUAAGGAAAGAAGGCACCAUAAUGAGGAUUUAUUUUUAAAUUCACCAGGCCAUUGAAUUUCAACAAGCAGUUUCUCUAAUAAAUUCAGUGGCUUUGUUUUGAACUGAACAUACGUAUUUUAGCAAGGCAUUUAAUAUUAAUUUGAAGUCUUCAAGUGAUGAGAAUUCACUCAUACCUCCUGUUGCAAUACUUAAUUACCCCAGGUACAUUUUUCACUUGAUUUUCUAUUUGCAUUUCUAGCUCCACCUUAAGUUAUUUUGGUCUUUUUAUGCAUUUGAUUGCUUAUAUUGAUCUCUGUAGUAUCAGCUUUUCUAAUUGCCUGUGUGUAGUUAUAAAUCAUGAUUAUGUCCCUUUUAACCUUUUCUCUGAUGAGCCAUACUGAAUUCUUUAACUUUCCUAUGGCAGUGAAUGUUAUCCAAGACUAAUAAUUCUUCACGUUCUUCUCUGUAUUUCUCAUGUAUAGAAAUAUUUGUAAGGGUGACACCUGACUUAGAUGCCCCAUGUCCAUAGUGAUCCAUCAGGACUGUAUAGAGCCAUAGUGUGAUCCUCUUAUUCUCAUGGAUAUCUCCCCCUCUUUCUUUCCUCAAAAAUUGCAUUAUCUGUUCUUUUGUGGAAGCAUUGCCUUGGAUGCUGAUUUUUAUGGGCCAAGUCCUCUUCAGAGUCUUUCUUAAGAAUGUGGUACAUCAUCCUAUUAUCCUACCUUAUAUUUUCUUGGAAAUACAGAUUGUAUUUUACCAGCAUUAAAAUACUGCUCAUGAAGUGAUCCAGAUUGCUCUGUGUAAGUGACCUGUCCUCAUUCUUUACUACUCCAGCAGACUGCACGUCCUUUGCAAAUUUAUUGCAAGUGAUUUUUACAGUUUAUUCCAGAUCAUUGAUUUUUAAAAUUGAAUGCAAGGCAAGGUUUGUAGAGAGAGGUGAUAAGUUUUUAUUACAUCAGUGACAUGGGUAGGGGGUAGGGACAAGUAAACAGACAGACCAUUGAAUUUCUGUCCCCUUUAUCCCAGAGCCUUUAAAACUUUGAGUAAGAUGGCAAGCAGCUGUAUUUCUUGCUGAAUCCCUAUUAAUACUGUAUCUUGAAAUAUUAUUAUGAUAUUUGAAAGAAAAUUGCGUGUUCAUCUUGUUUUCAGUUAAUCAGGGUUCUUGUGGGUAACACCUCAGUGCAGGUGUCUUUGCAAGCUGAGCUUAAUAUAUCAGAGUAAAAUGCAAACUGUUGUUCCAGACCUGCUCUCCAUGAAGCUGUGUUGAUAUUUUUUAAUCUAUCCUUAAAUUAGCCUAGUGUCAGCCAGUUCAUGAUGUUGCAGUGACCACCACUAGGCAAACAAGGCCAUUAAUUAUUCUGUUCACCUGCUUCAGAACCAUAUAAUCCCUAUUAUGAAGAGUUGACUACAGGUUUCAGUAUUUUUUGUUACUUUGUCUUUCUUCCCCGCCUCCCUUAUGGCCAUUAUUGCCUUUGCAGCUUCUGUGAGGUGAGUUGAUUUAACCAAUAGAACCUGCAGGCUCCCAGGAAACACAGAGUUCAGCUAUGCAAUAGUGUCAGUGCCCCUCAAGGAGUGGCUGCUCCCAGGCAGCACAGGAGAAUGUUUCACCAUCUUAGCAGCUGCGCUCGAUCAUGAGGAUGCUUUCAUUGCAUGACUCAAGAUAUCAGCCAUCAAAACCCAAAAGUCAUUUGGGAGCCUCCUGCUGGGAUGAGGUUGGAGAACAGCAGGCUUCUCCCAGCCCUUGUGUCCCAUUCCCCUGUGUUCACAUUUGUGCAGGCAAGUUGGAGUCCACUGAGAAACUUCUCCCAGUUUGAAUGGCUCAAACGAUCCAGUGUAUCCCAGGGAGAAGGUAGGCAGGUGGCACCUGCUGAACCACACACGGGGUUGGAGACUUUUCUGAGGAACGUGUCGGGCC